UUUUAAUACAGGGAAAUUUUUGACAGACUUAAUUUUUAUAAUCCUUAAUUAUUUGACAUAUUAAGGUGGCUAGCAAAUUUCUGAAUGACAUACAAUAAGAUGAACACUUUUCUGUCUUAACUGAAUCAAUGAAACAUUUUUAUGAUAAACUAAUUGUUGUAAAGUUAAAAAUAGCCAUUUUUAUAGAUCCACAGGAUGAAAAUUGUGUUAUACACUCUUGUGCUGCAUCAAACCAUAUGCAACUGAAAUAGUAUAGGACAAGGGAAAGAUUAAUGCUAUUAAGGUGUGAAACAUAAUCCUAUCAGUGCUCAGAAAUCUUUUUAGUAGGCUAAAUAGGCUUAACCAAAAAGAAGCAUACUGUAUACAUUUUUUCUAUUUAUUUUACAAGUUGCCCUUUUCUUUGCAAAUACUUGUUCUAGUUUGAUGUCAGCCUUCUGAAUGUCAGUAACCAAAACUUAAACCAGUGUGUACAAUUAGACAUGAAAAUGCAAAUAUAAAGGUUAAAGCAGAAAUAUUAGAAUGACUAUUCUAUUGGAAUACUAAAGGAAUCAUGUACUGUACUGUUCGUCAUCAUAUAUGGAGUAAAAUCAAGAAAGAAAUUGGAAUCCAUCAAAUUAAAUGGUCUUAAAGCCUUGUCUUUAAUUUGAUAGCAUUGAGUCUGGCUGUGAGGCAAUUUUGGAAGACAGAAGGUUUUCAUUUGAAAAAUGUGAGAAUCUGAAGGGAGCAGGAGCACAACCUUUACAUAGGGGGAAAUAGUUUUUAUAUUUAUAAAUAAUGUACCUUUCUAGAAUCCCUGUCUUGUUCUCAUUCAAGAUGCAAUUUAUGAGUAAUUGGCUAGAUGAUAAGCAGGCCAAGAUGAUUAUGAGCCAAGGGACUAUGACUAAGACAUUUAAAUUCAGUAGCUUGGCAAGUCUUUGCAAAGGAUUCUAUAUAAUAUUGAUGUGCAUUAUUUCUUUUAAGCAGUAGCUUCCUAAAAGCCUUUUAAAAUCCAUCAACUGAUUGUCGGUUCCUCCUAUCAUACAGUAACAGAAGAAAUUGCAGAGUCUUAGUGAGUUGCUGCUGGCUGCUUCUGAUGAUGCUAGGAAAAUGCGCCUGUGUGAGAGCACAGGUGCAGUUUUUCUGACCGAUGCUCCUCAUUUUCUGCUCCAGUCAUCCUGGAGAGGCAAGUAGAAAGAAAUGGGGAGGUGGAGAAUAUUCUCUCAGAUGCACUGGAAGUGUAUCUGAGAAAGAGGUGGAAUCAUAUUUUCCAGGAGACAAGGAAUGCACUGCCUAAUUCGCCACUUUAUCAGUACUUACAGGACGUAGGACAUACUGAUUUUGAAGUAUGCUCACCAUUGGUACAAAAGCCGGAAGAAUGUACAUUCGAAGAGGGGCAAAAAGACAUGGCUACAGUUGCAAUUCAGAACAAGGACGUCCUAUCAAACUUAGCUGAGAAAUUUAAAAGCUGGCUUUCUUUUUUACCAUAUAAGAAAAAAGAUGAACUACUUCACCAGUUGGAUGUUGGUUUUCGCUCGGAGGCUCUCUGCACCAUACUGCAACAGGAAGUUCUGCUGCAGGAGGAUGUUGAACUGAUUGAGCUACUUGACCCCAGUAUCCUGUCUGCAGGGCAGCCCAAGCAACAGGAACAUGGACAUCUUCCAACACUACGCUCCCUAGCAACUCCUAAUAUUUGGGAUAUCUCAUUACUAUUUGCCUUCAUCAGCACACUGAUUAUUCUUCCUUCUUCAUGGAAUGGAUCUCUUGGAUUGGUGGGGGGAGUAGGCUUGUUGAUUUACAUGUGUUUACGAGGUUUGGACACACUGAACACAGCCAAGCUGCAAAUGUCUCUAAGAAAAUGCCAACUCCAGCUAGAAGAUAUGGUGACUAAUUGUCGAGCCUUCACUAACCUUGUGAGAAAAUCUCUACGGCUCAUUCAAGAAACUGAAGUCAUUUCCAGAGGAUUUACUCUUUUGCUUGACAGGGUCAGUGCUGCCUGCCCAUAUAAUAAAGCCGGACAGCAUCCUUGUCAGCAUCUCAUUGGUCUUCGGAAAGCAGUUUAUCGGUCAGUACGAGCCAACUUCAGAGCGUCAAGGCUUGCUACCUUGUAUAUGCUGAAACAUUACCCAUUGAAUUCUGAGAGCGACAAUGUGACAAACUACAUCUGUGUGGUGCCUUUCAAAGAACUGGGCCUUGGACUCAGUGAAGAGCAGGUGUCUGAGGAAGAAGCACACAAUCUCACAGAUGGCUUCAGCCUGCCAGCACUAAAGGUUUUAUUUCAACUUUGGGUUGGACAAAGUUCUGAAUUCUUCAGGCGGCUAAUUCUUCUGCUGUCCCCCUCCAAUGCAUCUAUCAAGACGCUGAUUAGGCCAGAACAUUUGCCACUUUCGACCUUUACUGAUGUGACUCAGGGUCUUCGUCAUGCACAUGCUGCCUGUUUAGAAGAGCUUAAACGGAGCUAUGAAUUUUAUCGGUACUUUGAAACACACCAUCAAUCUGGUUUGGAACGUUCAGUCAAAACCGAACAAAAGUCAAGAGAACUAAAUCGUCUCCACACAGCAGUGCGCAGCCUACAACUCCAUCUGAAGGCCUUGCUUAAUGAAGUAAUAAUUCUUGAGGAUGAACUUGAGAAGUUUAUUAGUUCCAAGGAAAGCCAAGAACUAACUUUGGAGGCCUACCAAGUUGUAGAAACAAAACUAAGACUUGUUCAACCUCACAUGCAAGCAAGCAACAGCUGCUGGGAAGAGGCAAUUUCUCAGGUGGAAAAAAUGGUUCGAAGAAAUCCAGAGAAAAAAGGCACUCCUGAACCAUCAUGUGAGAACAAGCAUUGCACCAUGGUACCUUUGCUGCAACCAUCUGUGCAUAUAGAGGAUAAAGACCCAAUCCCUGAAGAACAGGAACUUGAAGCAUAUGUUGAUGAUGCAGAUAUAGACAGCGAGUAUAAAAGAGAUGACUUUUAUUACUUUUCCCUGGAAGACAGAGAGAGGCAAAAACGUGAAAGAGAGGAAUCCAAGAGAGUGCUGCAGGAAUUAAAAUCUGUGCUGGGAUUUAAAGCUUCAGAGGCAGAAAGACAAAAGUGGAAGCAACUCCUGUUUAGUGAUCAUGCUGCGAUGAAACCCUUGCCUGGUACAGAGCAAGAGGAACCCAUAAAUGUUUUGGGAUUGCCGAAAAAUUCAGAAUCAGGCAAGCAGGUGUGCAGCAGAGAUGACAGCUUGGAAGAAGCAGUCUCUGACUUCAAAACACAAGCUACUGACAGUGAGAAAGAUAGGGUGGAGUACCUCUCUGAUGAAUCUGGUAAGAACAAAAACGACAUUGCUGCAAAUGGUGGCUCACCAGAAGUUGAAAAAAGAACAUGUUACCAAUGCAAUGGAGAAGGUGAAGAAGAAUCUGAUUCAGCUGGUGUGGACAGAGCUGAUGUGUCGCAGCCACCUGAGAGAGAUGCGUUACAGAACUCCAUCAAACAAAGACUGGCUGAGCUUCAUAUAUCAGCAGAUUUGAAUUUCACAUCAGGACUCGCAGCACAGGUUGCUGCCAGGUCACUGACAUUUACAACCAUGCAAGAGCAAACAUUUGGCGAUGAAGAGGAGGAGGAGGAGGAGGAGAUACAGGAAAAGGAAGACUUUUUUGAAAAACACAAAGGUGAAGUAAAUGACUGCAAAAAUGAAGAAUCAUAGAGCCCACCUAAAAUUUGCCUUUCCUAUUUGGACACAAUGGAAGGCCAGUGGGAUUAACAACAACAGCACAUGCAAAGAUUCAGCAUUGAUAAUAUUGGAUGUUGAAGAGAAGAUAACCAUUAAAAAUCAUGACUUCAAUUGGACUUUACUAGUCUUUUGAAAUAUAUCCAUGUGCAAAUAUCAACUAGACUCCAAGUGUAUAGUAUGGUUCUUACAGGUACCACGAAUGACUGGCAUUUCUUUUAAUAUUUUAUCUUUAUUUAUUUAUAUUAUUAGACAUUUUUUCCAAAAAUGUAAAAGCAAAUGGUCUAAUUGUCAUUUCCUUAUUGCUUAUUAUAAUGUUGACAUUAAUUAUGCAACUACUUGAAAUGGUUCUUUAACAAGAACCUAACACCAUGUGGGUUUUUCUGCCCACUUUGCGUCCUCUCCUUUCUGCAUUAGAUCACCUAAUGGCCUGCAUAUUUGUUGAGCUGUUGGUUCAUCAGGGCCACAGCCUAAGAUGUGGACUGUUUUGUUUAAUGAAAGCCAUAGCUUGUGUAUCCUGGGAUGCUAACCUAAAAUAAUAAUAAGUUAUUAGCAAAGGGUUACAAAGCAAAACAAAAACCCAGCACAAUCUUCUGUAUUUUAACUUCUGGACUAUGGAGAAUAAGUUGACUGUUUCAUGUUUUUGCAGUGAUUUUUCCGUAUUGCAAACACUCCCAAGUUGUCACAUGUGACACCCCCCCCCUUUUGCAGAUAAGGGAAAUUAAACAGAUUCUGAUCA